AUGCCUUCCCAACGAAGAAUGCGCGUCACGAGCCUGGUCAUUCUCCUCGUCAUUGUCGUGGUUUUAUACAUGACCACCUCAGCCAGCCGCACCCAGAAUUCGGCCUUCUACGUCAAGACACAAGAAGCCCUCCAAGCAAACCAACAGGCCGAGACGGUAAAACAGCAACAGGAUGCUGACGACGCGAGAACGCGCCUCAAGGUAGCAGAGGAGGCAGCUAAGAAGUCGGCGGACGAAAAGCAUCAGAAAUACCUCGAGUCGGUAGGCGGUAGUGGGACGGAGAACAAGGGCAAGAGCGUAGGCGGCGGAAAAUUCAAGGUACAAUUACCGGAUGGCGAUGAAAGAAAGAAAGGAGUCCCCGGUGUUGCUGCCGUCGGCGGAAGACCGCGCGACAAGCAGUCUCAAGAGACGGAGACGCAGGAGGACCACGAGAUCGAGACCGAGUUGAAUGACAUUUUGAAGAAGAGCCCCAUCAUCAUUUUCUCCAAAAGCUACUGCCCACAUUCCGCCAAGGCCAAGCACAUCUUGCUCGACAAGUACAACAUUGUCCCCGAGCCGUACGUUGUUGAGCUCGAUAUACACCCAUUGGGGUUGAAGCUGCAAGAGACCCUGGCAAACAAAACAGGAAGGCGGACCGUACCCAACAUACUGGUCCUCGGAAAGAGCAUAGGCGGAGGCUCCGAGAUGCAAGAGCUAGACGAGGCGGACAAGUUGAUAGACACGGUGAAGAGUAUGGGAGGCAGCCGGGUCACUGAAGUCUUGCGCAAGGAUUCACCAACACCAAAAGAAAUUCGUAAGAGGAGAGUGGUGCGGCUGCCACACACGGUCACAUUGCGUGUUCAAGGCAUCCCGAGCUCCCCCCGAACCCCCCGAACCCUCUGUCGUUACACUAUUCAUGAUACAGUGAAGAAAGCCAUGUGCACCUACUUCACCCUGCAUUAUAGAUGCACGCACACGCGAAUAUCCCAUCGUUGCCCCGCCUCAAGGGCCGCCACCGAAAUCCCAUCCACAAAUGAAGACCGAUCGCCAACAACCUUCCGCUGCGGCAAUGAACACUUUCUGGAGGGAAAUUUGGACGACGACUGUAUCAGUUGCAAGGUAUCACGUGGGGUCGUUCCGGGAAGUCAAAUGAGCGGAUUUCAGGCCUGGGCCCAAGGAAGUCGUGCUUUGCGUAGUUCAACGCCUCGGGUAGAGAGGGGAUCGAAUGCAGGCUCUGGAAUCAGUGGCAAAGAAGCUGGAAAGCGGGCUAAAGAGGAGGUGCAUGGGCUUGUGAGCUUGGAUCCGCGGCUCUUGGACAGGUCCGGGUCCGACCCAGAUCUGUACUACCACAGAAAUGGGGGUGAAAAUGCCGAGACUGGUGCCAAGCAAGGGUUGGUCACUCAAGCGGGUUGCAAUCGACCACGAGCGUCGUCAGAUACCCAGGACUGUACAUCGUGUCUUCAUCCGGCUCAUGUUGACAAAACUCAAUCAACGGAAUUUCAGAUUGCCGAAGGUUCACCACCCACAGUUACCCAAGAAAACGAAGGGGGCUCAAACCGCAUGAGAGAGAUCUUUGAACGUCUAAGCGCCUACAGCAGAUUUCCGUCUCCACCAAUCUCCCGUGUUGACUCUCCGCAGCGCGGAGUUGAUAUGCAGGGUGGAUACAAGGCGGACAGCACUUCGUACAUCAAGACCCUGCCGUCGCCCAAUUCAAUAGCGAGCAAGGGUCGGAAGCGCAGGUUAAGCAACUUAUCUACCUCGUUUCCCGAAAUAUCCCCAGAGGAAGUAAAAGAAGAGGGGGGUUUCGAAAACCCCAAAUCGAUGGGCGAUAAUCCUCUGGGAUACUUCACUAAGCAUGAUCUAUUGGCCGUCAAAUCGCCACCGAUGGUUUCUACGAGAAAGCGUCAGCGAAAAGCUUGA